CAUUUCCCAAUCCCAAACAUGUCUCAGUUAAUCUAACGCGCAAUCUCUUCUCUCUCACUUGCAUUCAAUUCAAGCCAUGAGCGUACCUUCGGCGCCGUCGAUGUGGACGGCGACUCAGCCUCCGUUCACGGUGGCGCAGUGGCAGGAGCUGGAACACCAAGCCCUCAUCUUCAAGUACCUGAAAGCGGGUCUAUCGGUUCCCCCAGACCUUCUCCUUCCCAUUCGCAAGAGCAUGUCUCAACCAAUGGGUUUCUACGGCAAGAAGAUUGAUCCUGAACCCGGUCGCUGCCGGAGAACCGACGGCAAAAAGUGGCGGUGCUCUAGGGAUGCUCACCCUGACUCUAAGUACUGCGAUCGCCACAUGAUACGACGUCGUUACCGUUCAAGAAAGCCUGUGGAAUCUCAACCUCAAACCACCACCGCCACCUCACCUACUCCUACUCCUCCUCACGCGCUUCCCUUGCACACCAAUGGUACUCGCCAGGGUUUCACUUUCUCACUCGCCAACACCAACCCUCACCUUCACAUCGAUCCUCUGUCUCUUCCUGGUCACUCUAACAAGAAAACUUUUAGGUUUGGACUGAAUUCCGAAGCAGAUGAUGAGCACAACCUCUUGCAGAAAGAUCUGGGAAGUGUGAGGUAUCAAGGUUAUGACUUUACUGCAGAUGGCAUGUGGUCUCACAUGUCUCAGAUUCCAUCAAACACUGUUUCAGAAUCGAGAAGUGGUUCUACUAUGGCUGGCAACUGCUUCCAACAGCAAACUAUGCGAGAUCCUGAGCUCUUGAACGUGGACACGGCAAGGACCAAGGAACUUGCCUUUAGUGGCCAGUUAAGUUCAGCAGGGUGUUUAAAACAGGAAUAUCAGUCCUCACAGUCUCUCUUCAGUGACUGGCACUGGAAGAAGGAUUUAAGUUCCUCUGCAGUUGAGUAUAGGCCCAACAAGGAUUUUAACUGCAACCCAGAUGUCAACGUUGAUUCAAAUGGUUCUCUGUAAAGCUUGCACAGUGUGUUUUGUCGUAUGUCAUGUCAACAUCCUCCCGAAGCAAGCAUUUGAAUCACCAACUGGUCCCCUACCCUUUGUUUCCCUCCCAACCGAUGAAAAUAAAAGUCCUCAGGCAGUGAUUUAUUUUCAUCAGUAGUAUUUAGAUACCCGAGGGAAUCAUGGUUUAAUUUCUAAGCUUCAAUGUGUUGUUCUUUUAUAUUAGCUUAGAUACAUACUUGAAGGAGUUCUGUUUUCUUUACAUGUAAACCUGUAACAUUUGAAUGUGCUUUUGUUUUUCUUUGUUGUACUGCCAUUUAGUUUGGUUCAUGUUUCCUAUGAUUGAAGUCCCAUGAUUGUUAGACUCAUUUUGCUAUUUUCAGCCAUCAAGCAUGCUCACGAGGAUGG